AUGUCGUCUGAGCGCUGGGUGGAGCCUUGCAGUGAAGGUCAGGCAGAGGAGAAGCAACAAGGGGAGGAAGUGGAGCAGGAGGAGGAAGAGAAAGUGGAAGUUCCCUGCGGCGACAACCAUCCUGCAGGAAGCCUGAGGCAGGAGGAGCGGCCUUCAUCACUUGACCAUGGUGGCAUGCAGGAAGUGACAUCAGAAGGUGGACUGGAGCAGGUCCAAAGAGAGGAAAAGCAGACGGAAGAGAGGAAGAGGUUUACUCACAUGACUGUCAAACAGCAGGGCCGAGACAGAGGGGCAGGAUCAGGUGUGUGUCUGGCGGAGCCAUACCUCCAGAGGUCCAUCCCCAGGGGCUUGUGGAGGGAGCAGCAGGCAGAGGAGCCCCGGGGACCUGGGCCCUUCUACUAUUUUGGAGGAUCGAAUGGGGCUGAAAUAGUGUGCAAUUACUGUGAGAGCAGAGGAUGGAAGAGGAUUUACAACAAGCACAGGGAGGAUUUCAAACUCAAGUGGUGUGAGACCAAAUCUUCAGCCAACUACUGCAACUUCAGAGAAGGUGAACAGCUGGUGUACCAGAUUCCCAACAAUAAGGUGCUGACCACAAAGAUCGGCCUCCUCAGUAGUCUGCGGGAGUACGAGCGAGUCAGCAGCAAAGUCCACCACGGUCGAGUGUUGAGGAGGCUGAAAAUGGAAGAGUUCAUUCCUACUACCUUCCGCAUGGAUGUGAAGGGAGAGCGGGAGGCUUUCUUUGCUCAGCAGGAAGGUGUGAGCAACAACAAGAGUCAUAUGUGGAUCUGUAAGCCCACGGGUCUGAACCAGGGCAGAGGGAUCUUUUUGUUGAAGAGCCAGGAGGACGUAGCCGCCUUCAGACUGAAGCUGCAGAACACAGAAGACAGCCAGGCCAACAGGAAGACACGUCACCGCCGGCCUCAAGCUCGCAUUGUCCAACAUUACAUCCAGAGUCCGCUGCUCCUGAAGGGGAAAAAGUUUGACGUGCGCUCUUACCUUCUGAUCGCCUGCACCGCACCUUACAUGGUCUUCUUCCGCCACGGAUAUGUGCGACUGACCUGCGACCUCUACGACCCCAGCUCCAACAACCUCUCUGCCCACCUGACCAAUCAGUACAUGCAGAAGAAGAACCCUCUGUACAGCCAGCUGAAGGAGGACACUGUGUGGUCCAUGGAGAGCUUCAACGCCUACGUCAACGACAGGUUUCAGGUUGCCAAGGGCCUGCCCAGGGACUGGGUGCUGGGCGUCUUCGCAAAGCGCAUGCAGCAGAUCAUGACGCAGUGUUUCUUGGCAGUCAAAUCCAAGUUAGAUUGCCGACUGGGAUUCUUCGACUUGAUUGGCUGUGACUUUAUGGUUGACGAGGAUUUCAAGGUGUGGCUGCUGGAGAUGAACUGUAAUCCAGCUCUUCAUACAAACUGUGAGGUGCUGAAGGAGGCGGUACCCAGCAUUGUUGUGGAGACACUGGAUUUAAGCAUGGAGAUCUUCAACAAAUGUCGCCUCAGACAGAAAAUCCUUCCCCUAGCCAAUCAGAGGGAGUUUAUGCUGCUGUACAACGGAGUCUCUCCUCUUGAUUCAGUGCUGGCCUACAGCAGAAGCAACACAAGCAGUGAAUUCAACCAGAAAAUCACCAAAAAGACUCAACCCAGGAGGUGUGAGUCAGGCAUGGAGGGUAAAACUCUGCCCUCAGAGUCCCCUGAUAAUCCUGUGAAUGUCUCAGCCAGCGGUGAAGGAAGUGGGAGUUCAAAGUCUGGCAACCGUCUCCCCGCCUCCACCUCCACCUCCACCUCCACCUUACCUCUCCAUCAAAGCUCUCUGUCAGCACCAGGACCUUCAGAUAUAUGCAUCAAAAACAGCACACAGAAAGUUAGGAAUAAGAACCCUCCCCCUCCUCGGGUUGAACUCAAGCUAAGCAAAUGUUCUUUGCAUGAUAACUUGAAGGAAGCAGAUGACUUGAGACACUCAAAGGCUCACAUGAAGGUCAUCACUUUGUCAUCAUCACUAGCACUGACUGAAGGGAUACCCAUCUCUGUCUCCGGCUCUCCAGAGGCAACGGCACCAUUCCCUCCUCACGAAGGACCUCCUGUGUGUGUGGACGGACAUGGGGGAGGAGGGGCACCUGGUGAAGAAGAGCUCAGUCUGUGA